AGGAGGAAAACAGAACAGGAGGGCAAAAAUGGCGGACGAGGUUGAAGUGAAGGAAGAAGUCGAAGCCGUGCAGGCUGUGUACGGAGACGACUGCGUCGUUAUUGAUUCCUUUCCUCCUCACCUUCACCUCCACAUCAAGCCGCGCACCGCCGAUGUCUCUUCUCAACAGUUUGUGGAGGCAGUUGUUGGAAUACAAGCAGGUCCCGAGUAUCCAGACAAACCACCUCACAUUCAUCUUGUAGAUUCCAAAGGUCUUGAUGAAAAAAGGCAAAAGCAUCUAUUAAGUAGCAUACAAGGCAAAGCAUGCGAGCUCACCUCCUGUUUGAUGCUUGUAGCACUAUGUGAGGAAGCAGUGGAGUGGCUGUCUCUUAUGAAUCACCCUGAUGGAGAUUGUCCAUUGUGUAUGCAUCCACUGGUGUCUGAAGGUGAUCAGAGCACAGCUUUGCCAUUUAUGAAGUUGAUGUCUUGCUUUCAUUGCUUUCACAGUGAAUGUAUUAUUAGAUGGUGGAAUUGGCUCCAAACUGAGAAAGAUGUCAACGCUAAAAGUUCGUCUGCUGCAUCCUUGCACUUUUUAAGGGACACUGGAGAUCAUGAAGGAGAGAAAAGUAUUGGAAACUGUCCUGUUUGCCGUAAAGAUUUUCAUGCCAAGGAUUUAGAACAUGUGCUUGACUUGGUUGACACUCAUUCUUCUCAACUGAUCUCAGAUGGAUCUGACGCCGACAAUGAUGAGAUCCUUCAGUCUGAGUCAGAGAACAUAAGAAGGCAGAAGUUUGAGACAAUCUUAAAAAUACAGGAAGAAAGCAGUGGCUUGAUUGAACCCAAAAAAAGCAUUGUUGUCUUGCCAGGUAUGUAUCUUCAGAAUCCAGUCACAAUGGCCGUCCCUCCAUCAACUGAAGAAGCUACUGAACAACAACAAGAGCAACAACAAGGUGACACAGCAGUCCCUGUAGAAACAAAUUCAGGUGGUUCCUCAAACAGGCCAAGCACCAGUAAGCACCGGAAGUCUGGCACAAGGAGGUACAGAGGAAAUAAUUCAACAAAGCAAGUUAGACAGUGGGUUAAAAAGGAUAAUGGCAGUACUGCAGGUUAAGCAGAUGACAUGGUGUUUUUGAGUUCCAUAUUUUUAGAAUAGGAAUGUUACACAAAUAACAAUGUCCGAGGAUAGAAGAGAAAAAAAGUUUGGUCAUAAUUUUCAACCAUCAACUGAUGUUUCUUUUUUUGAAAGUCAUGGAAAUGAAAUAUUAUUAGAUUA